AUGAGGCUGAGCGUGCGCGAGGUGGACAAGCUGCGCCUGCAUGCAGCAGGCGCGCUGGCGCAGAAGCGGUUGGUUGGCAAAUCCUGCAUCUGUACCCCUCCCUUCCAUCUGUUCACUCCCUCCCUCGUCCCCCCUCCCCUCCCCGAUGCAGCCAUGAGGCUGAGCGUGCGCGAGGGGGACAAGCUGCGCCUGCAUGCGGCAGGCGCGCUGGCGCAGAAGCGCCUGGCGCGCGGAUUGAAGCUCAACUACCCCGAGGCGGUGGCUCUGAUCGCCACCCAGGUGCUGGAGUUGAUCCGAGAUGGCAAGAGCGUUGCAGAGCUCAUGGACCUCGGCAAGCAGCUUCUGGGAAGGCGCAACGUGCUGCCAGCGGUGCCAGUGCUGCUGGACGUGGUGCAGGUGGAGGGCACCUUCGCGGAUGGCACCAAGCUGGUGACGGUGCAUCACCCCAUCAGCCGCGAGGACGGCGACCUCUCCCUCGCGCUGCACGGCUCCUUCCUCCCAGUGCCCUCGCCUGAUCUCUUUGCAACGCCUGUCGCCUCAAGUGCUCUGAGUGGCUCUGCUGCUCCGGGCCAGAUCAUAGUGGCAGAGACAGGCCCCCUGCUGCUCAAUGCUGGCAGGGCUGCUGUGCGGCUGAGUGUCAGCAGCCGCUGCGACAGACCGAUUCAGGUGGGCAGCCAUUACCACUUCGUGGAGACCAAUCCACUGCUCUUCUUCGACCGUCAGCUGGCGUACGGUUACCACCUCAACAUCCUCCCCGGCACCGCUGUGCGCUUCGAGCCUGGCGAGACAAAGCAGGUGGUGCUGGUGGCGAUGGGGGGCAAGAGGGUGAUUCGAGGGGGCAACGGGAUAGCGAGCGGGCCAGUGGACGAGAGCAGGGCGGCCGAGGUGGCUGCCAAGGCUGUCACCAUGGGAUUCGGACAUGUGCCAGAGCCCAGUGCACUGAAGGGGGUCGUGGGGAAGGACGAGGCGCUGACCGUGCGAGUGGAGAGGGAGCGAUACGCUGACGUGUUUGGCCCCACGGUGGGGGACAGAGUGCGGCUGGGAGAUACCGCACUGGUUGUGGAGGUGGAGAGGGACUUCACAGUGCUGGGCGACGAGUGCAAGUUCGGAGGGGGGAAGGUUCUCCGUGAAGGCAUGGGGCAGGCGACGGGAGUGAAGGCAGAGGACGCCCUGGACGUGAUUAUAACGAAUGCGCUUAUAGUGGAUCACUGGGGCAUAGUGAAGGCGGACGUGGGCAUGAAGGGCACACGCAUCGUGGGCAUCGGCAAAGGCGGCAACCCGGACGUCAUGAAUGGCGUGGACGAGAACAUGGUGGUGGGGGUGACGACCGAGGUGAUAGCAGGCGAGGGGCUGAUUCUCACAGCAGGAGGCAUCGAUACGCACGUGCACUUCAUCUGCCCUCAGCUAGCAGACGAGGCCAUUUGCAGCGGUCUGACGACGCUAGUGGGAGGAGGCACGGGUCCGGCACAUGGCACGCUAGCCACCACAUGCACGCCAUCCCCCAACGCCAUGGGACUCAUGCUGCAAGCUACGGAUAAUAUGCCGCUCAACUUUGGGUUCACAGGGAAGGGCAAUACGUCCAGCCCCGAGGGCCUCUUGGACAUCAUCAAAGCGGGAGCAAUUGGGUUGAAACUCCACGAGGACUGGGGCACCACGCCUGCAGCCAUUGACACCUGCCUGGGCGUGGCGGAGCAGCAUGACGUGCAGGUGACGAUUCACACGGACACUCUCAACGAGUCGGCGUGUGUGGAGCAGACCAUUGCUGCCUUCAAGAACCGCACCAUUCAUACCUACCACAGUGAGGGAGCAGGGGGCGGGCAUGCACCGGACAUCAUCAGCAUCUGUGGGGAGAGCAAUGUGCUGCCUUCUUCCACCAAUCCCACUCGCCCUUUCACCACCAACACCGUUGACGAGCAUCUGGAUAUGCUGAUGGUGUGUCACCACCUGGACAGCAACAACAGGGAGGACGUGGCAUUUGCCGAGUCGCGAAUCCGGGCGGAGACCAUCGCAGCAGAGGACAUACUCCACGACAUGGGGGCAAUCAGCAUGAUGUCAUCCGAUUCCCAAGCCAUGGGUCGCAUAGGCGAGGUCAUCACACGCACCUGGCAAACCGCGCACAAGAUGAAGGUCCAGCGGGGACCUCUUAACGAGGAUAAAGAUUCUGAGGGGUUUGGGUUUGGCACCGCGCCGAAUGAUAACUUCCGGGUGAAGCGAUAUGUGGCCAAGUAUACGAUCAACCCGGCGAUCGCGCACGGGUUUUCGCACGUGGUGGGGUCGGUGGAGGUGGGGAAGAUGGCGGAUCUGGUGCUGUGGCGGCCGGCGUUCUUUGGCGCGAAGCCGGAGAUCGUGGUGAAGGGCGGCGCGAUCGCGUGGGCGCAGAUGGGUGAUGCCAAUGCCAGCAUUCCCACUCCGGAGCCGGUCAUCAUGCGACCACAGUUUGCAGCAAGCGGCAAGGCAGUGGGUGGGCGCUGCUUGGCGUUCGUCAGCCAGCUGUGCCACGAGUCAGGCUCAGCAGCCAAUCUCGGUCUCACCAAGACCCUAACCCCCGUGCACAACUGUCGCAACCUCUGCAAGGAGGAUAUGAUCCACAACGGCGCCCUCCCAGCCAUCCACGUGGACCCUGAGACCUACCAGGAGGCAGGUCAGGAAACGAGCAGCAUGGAGUGCCAAGGGGAGGAGGACAAGAAGGAGCAUCACCAAACCCCUCCGCCCCUCCCCACUGACUGGGCGGUGUGGCAGCUGCUGGACUCGCUGCUGCCUGCUGGCGGCUUCGCCCACUCGCUGGGGCUGGAGGCAGCAGCAAGAGCAGGCUUCCUUGCUGGCGCGGGGAGAGGUGCAGGCAGAGGGGCAGGGGGGGCAGGGGGCGGGACAGGUGGGGCAGGGGGAGGGGCAGGUGGGGCAGGCGGAGCUAGUGGGGCCGUAAGUGGGGGGAAUAGUGGUGCAGGGAGAAGGGGAGGUGGCAGCGGCGAGGAGAGGAGUGACAUGGUGGCGUCGCUGCGUGUGUUUGUGCUCACGGCUGUGCAUGCCAAUGCUGCUCUGCUGCUACCCUUUGUUGCCACGGCUCAUGGGAUUGCGAGUACGGGGCUGGUUAUUGCAGGACAGGCCCUCCCUGCUCUCACUCUUACUGUGCUGCCUCCUCUGCUCUCACAUUCCCAAUCUCCCUUACUCCCAUGCUCCCUUACUCCCACGCCCCCAUGCUCCCACUCUCUGCUUCUCCCACCCUGCUGUCGUGCCCCAGUAUAUUGCCCCUAUGCCCCUCCACCGAGUGCCUUAUCACCCCUGGUCUCCCUCUCACAGCCUCGCUCUCACAGGCCCCGCUCUCAUGUGACUGACCUGCAUCCCAAUCCCUUCCCUGCUCCCAUCCGCGUUGCUCUGCUCCUACUCCUCACCACCCUUCCCAUCAUACCAGGGACUGCCUGUCUGCUGCCAACCCCUUCCCACCCCCUGCUCCCAUGCCCCACCAACCCAGGCCUCGUCUACUGCGCCCUCAGGGACUGCCUGUCUGCUGCCACGCGGCUCAACCUGAUUGGGCCGCUGCAGGCUGCGGGGAUGCAGAGGGAGAUGGUGAGGGAUGCUGAGAGGAUAGUGGCUGAAGUGGGAGGAGAGGAUGGGGGUCAAAGAUAUGGGAGCGGAGGGGGUGGUGGUGGGGAUGUGGGAGGACCGAGAAACGACCCCAUGCCGCUAUGCAUGGAUGCGGCAUGUCAGAGGGGCGAGAUGGAGGACGCACAUUCUGGGGGGAAGGGACAGGCACAAGGAGGCGGGGGGGGAAUUGGAAGCGGAACGGAGAUACAAUCAGAGAGACGAGCAGGUGGAGAAGCAGAGAGAGAAGCAGGGCAAGAGGCAGGUGCAGUGCGUGAAAGUAGCUCUGUUCAUAGUAGUUCUUACGUGGGUGGGGCAGACGCAGAGAGAGAAGCAGAGCAAGAGGCAGGUGCAGUGAGUGAAAGUAGCUCUGUUCAUAGUAGUGCUUACGUGGGUGGGGCAGAAGCAGCGGCUGUGGCAGCAACAGCAGCUACAGCUGCGGGCGCGGGUGUGCGGCGGGGCGGCAUGGAUUGGACUGGAGUGCUGGUAGUGGAGCUGGUGGGGGGCCGCAGCACGGCAACGAGGAGCUUCUGUCGCUACCCACUCAAGAUCAUGGUGCCCUCCAAGGUUGCGGCCUCGGGGGUGGAUGCAGUGUGGGCGUACAUAAUCACCUAUGGGGGCGGCAUAGUGGCAGGGGACAAGGUGACGCUCUCCUGUGCGGUGCAGUGCGGUGCCACGGCCGUGUUCGCCUCCCAGGCAUCUACCAAGAUCUUCCACUCCAUGCCAGGCACCCCACCAGCCCGCCAGCUCAUCACCGCAACCAUCCAGCCUGGCGCCUUGCUGGCGGUGCUCCCUGAGCCAAUCACAUGCUUCCGAGCGUCGCAGUACCAGCAGCUGCAGAGCAUCCACGUGGCGCCAGGUGGCAGCCUCGUAUUGGUCGACUGGCUGACGAGUGGGCGCCGGGAUCGAGGAGAAGUGUGGGAGAUGGAGUGUUACGAGAGUUGUAACCGCGUCUAUCGGGAAGGAGAGGAGAUCCCUCUCGUCUUCGACAAGGUGAAGCUGUCAGCCAAUGCGGUGGUGCCACCUGGACAGCAGCUGGAGGGCAUCCAUGUGCUCACCACCAUUAUUGUCCUGGGUCCACGCACAGAGGCAGUGAGGGCCCACCUAAAGGCAGCAGUGGCGCAGGCAGCAGCUGCAGCGUUCAACCCAAGGAGGAGCAGCAGGGGUUAUUCCUCCUCUGCUUCCUCGCCUUCCCCUUCUGCCACCUCUGCCCCGUCUGCUGGGUUAUCUGGUGGUGCGGAGAGCACAGUGUGGGGUUGUUCGUCUGAUAUGGGACAUUCACGUGUUCGUUUCUUUCUCCCGGAAAUGUAA